GUACAGAAAAAACUGUAAACACAAGUGUUAUUGGAUAGCAAACCCAUGUUGUGGCUCAGUCGUGAUCGGUCGCUCGAGAGGCUUUGUGUGAAUAUGUUACGAGAGCUCCUCCUCCUGAUUUUCACGUUAAUAUGUGUGACACGGUGCGAACGUUCCCCAUCUUAUUCAACGGAAAACUUGUACGCGAUACUCGAUCGCACGACAGAAUACUUCAAAAAUCUCAGUGAUGCGUACGGUAUAUCGAAUAGUGAGACUUCGAGUGAUAUUAACAAUGAAAUUGCGAAAUAUAUGAACGAUACGACCAAAAUACUUCGGGGAAGCAAGCGUGGAAAGAGAAAUCUUCAGAAUGAGCCCGAUAAAGGUGUGUACGUUCUGCAAAGUUUCAAAGAGGUCUUUUCCUUCGAUUUGCCGGACUUUCAGGACACGACCUUCUUUUCCAUACAAGAUGAAUAUCAGUUGCUCUGGUUCGCAGCUGCCAUCAAUUCCUCAGACGUUCUGCUUUAUCAAUUGGUCAAUAAUAAAGCGGAGCUCGUCGGAACGUAUCCGCAGCCGGACGGAGAACGGAUAAUCGUACAAAAUUAUAGCGCCGGUACGCUUAUAGUCGUGCAGAAGAAGUAUACCGAUGGAAUCGUCAUUCUGCACCUCGGCAAGAACGAAAACGGAACGUACGAAUUGCAGUUCAAACAAGAGUUCGAAAUUCCCGAAGUGGUGCAUACGAAUAUCUGGCUCGAAAUGAAUCGGAUGUAUCUGGGAAUCGCUUCGAAGAGGAAAAUAUUCAUCUACGUCUGGCUCGGGGAGAAUUUCGACAAGAUCGACACGUUGCUCUACGGGGCGAGAAAACUCUUGCCCUUCCAGAGCAAGAGCUUCAUGCACGUCGCCGUCGUGGGGUUCGAGGACACGAGGAUAUUCCGAUUUUCCGUGCGUUCCAACAAAUUCGUGGAGAUGCAGCAGUUGCAUUACGCCAGCGACGUCAGUUCGUUUCACUUCAAGGAGGGCCAUUUCGAGGAGCGCUUUCUAGCUUUGGCCGGUAGCGAGUACACGGUCUUGUACAAGGAGAUGUACGGUCGCUUCGUGCCGUUUCAGAGAAUUGCUCCAGCAACGCGGAUUCAUUCCCUGACGAUGGAAAACACCGUCGUUCUUCUGUUGGUGAAGGAGGAUAUUUAUCAGUACAACGGCUGGAGAUUUCUAAAAUUGCCUACGAAAUUAUCGAACCUUCGACAAAUUCGUUCUAUUCGCUCGCACGACAAAGACGUGCUGGUGGUACAGGAUCAGACCGGAAAGUGGAAGUUCUUGAUGCCUGCUUGGUUGGCGAAGAAAACGUGGAAAUCCCUGCAGGACGAAACAGCCGCAUGGUGUUCCGAGAUCAAGCAAAAGGCGUCUCAGAGGACUUUGGAAAAGCUGCCAGAUUUAAAGAGACCCGUGAUUUUGAACGCGCACAUCGGUCGGCUUCGCAUGCAGAACUUAAACGGUCAUAACUCAGAGGAAUUGAUUCGUUUGACGGAGCGGUACAAGAGUACAAUCGCCAAAUUAAAUCUGACGAGCAGCCUCUUGGCACAAGGGAUAGACGAGAGACUUAAGCACGCGGUCUUGCACGGCAAGAAGAUCACGGUCAAGUGUAAGACGAACUGUCACGUUCAUCGUAUAAUCACGGAUGGCGGAAUUAAUUUUGCUAAAUACGUGGAAUCAGAUCCCAAUCAGACUCAAGAGUUCGCCAAACUGAAAGUGAAGACGAUAAAUAAUUGGAAAUGCCCCGUUCCUAAUUUAAAGAUAGACGAUAUAUUCGUUAAAGGAACUAUUAAUGGGAUAUCGAUGCGAGACCUGCAAGAGGGAACUUUGAAAGUUUCAGGAGAUCAAGUAGUUUCAGGUAAUCACAUCUUCACCAACUUGCGCGUGACAAACGUUUCGAUUCCGUUAGGUAUCGCAACAAGUAAUAUUCCGAAGCGAACAUUGUACAUGAAAGAGGUGAAAGUAAAAGAUUUACAUCUAACCGAGGACGAAUUCUUGUUGCCGUUAAACGGUCCCGCCACUGUGAUGAACGGUUCGAUAACUGCUGCGAGAGUGAGACUUACGGGCCUCGUCGACAUAUCAGGUGGACUAGCGGGCAAAGGACUCGAAAAAUUCAAGCCUUUGAGGGAGAUUCUCACGCCGUUGACGUUGCUCGGUGAUCGUUUCCUGCAGAACGUGACGUUCAGAAACUUCGUCAAAGCUAAAGAUAUCGUCAGAUCUCGCGGAUCGUCGAUGAAAGAAAUCAUAGAGAACAGCGUACCGUUAGAUUCUAACGUAUCGGCGCAUUUGAUAUUAUCCAGCAACAAGACACAAUGGAGCAAUGUGAUUCUGCAGGAUUUUGAUACUACGAAUUUGGUAACGAAGAAUUCUGCUGAGACUAUCGUUAUUUCUGGUACAAAAUACACGAAUAAUAAUGUCACUCUGUCAAGCGUUGCCUUUGAAAAUCUUCCCAUUCCAAAAUUGACGAUUCCACUGUGUGCCGAGGAAGUCAUCAUCCCGGACAUUAGAACUUCUUCGAUAAAAAUGGGCGAUAUAAUUGCAAAAAAUUUAAAUGUUUCGCACGUUCUUGGAGCUCAUAACUUGAAUACGACCAUUUUCGAUUCGGCGUCAGCUUUGCAUAGCAUUGACUUUUCAGCGAAGCUAUUCACAGGCCGGGUUUUCGUGAGGAAUAUAACAGUGUCAGAAAUUAAGGGAACAAAUCUGAAAGACUUAAAAAUUGGAAUGAACGAGUGGAUAGGGACGAAGUAUCUCGAAGGACCAGUAAACAUUCCGAAGCUCGUCGUUCGCAAUCUCGAAACGCCAGUCUACUUAAAUCUCUCUUUACCUACGAGACUAAAAAAUGUAAUUAUAAAAGGGGAUAGCGACAUCAAAAGGAUUAAUAACAUAGAUAUACGAUCUUUUAUGGAAAAUGUACUAAAGGUGGACGACCCGAUAUCUUUAGAUCACGUAACUUUCGCUCGUGGUUUUACGUCAAGCAACGUACACGCUUCCCGAUCGACGUUAAAUCUUUCGCUUUUAGACACACAUCUCAAUUUGGGCUCAAAACAUAUUUCUACAACUCUAAGCGCAGACGCGAUAGACGUGCCUCAGACGUUUGGUUACGUCGCGAGCGACGCACCGUCGACUUUUAUUAUACAAGGAUCAGCUAGAUUUUUAAAGGAGCCAAUUGUACAAAAUAUAAAGGACGUGAAUCUGAAGCAAUUAUCCGAGAAUUCAUGGAUGGCAAAUGAGGACACAAUUUUAUCUGGUAGCAAUAUCUACCUUGAAAAUAUAACUCUGCAAGGAGACAUCUUGAUAAAUAAUUCUAAUAACACGUUGAAUGUAAAAAUGUGGACGGAUCUGAGAGGCAAACUUUUAAGCAAAACGAAAGAUCAGCAUAUUAGUGUGGUUUCGUCGUUUAAGAAUGUUGAGGUGCCUAAUGUCAAUGCAGAAAAUAAUUCAACUAUACAGUCUUCAGACUUGGAUUUGAACAAUUUGCUGACUAAUUCCUUGAUGAAGAAUACGGCGCAAACUGUAGAUGCUGCGUGGCAUUUUGAAGAAUUGUACAUAAAUAAUAUGACUUGGGAUGGUAAAUUUAAUGGCAUCGACUUAAACACGGAUGUCGUUAGGCGUGACGUAAAACGCAAUUUUGUCACCGGGAAGAAAACGAUAUUAGGCUUGACGACUAAAAAUCUUCGGGCAUUAAAUAUAAACUUUUCGAACUUUACUAGACAUGCUUUAACUCAAAGAUGUUCGAAGCUGUCUAUAAUUAAAGGUCAAAAAAUCUUUAACAACAUUACUUUGAACAAUUUGAGCGUAAAAGGUACGAUUAUGGGUCGCAACGUCGAUAACGCAUUAUUGAAAAUCGGAAAUCAAACGCUGUUUGGCAUCGACAGGAUACAAGGUCAGCUUAAUGCACCAUCUCUUAUUACCGAUGGCAUUGUGAACGACGUGAAUCUGACGGAGUUAAUAAACGCGCAAGUAAAGAAACGUAAAGCGGUGCAGACGAUAGAGAAUAAGAUGGAUUUCAGAAAUGGUUUUGAAGUUAUCGGAAAUAUCACGAUCGGCGGACUUUACGGAAGUGUAAACUUAACAAAUAUUACCGGUCGAAAUGAUUUAGACAUCGUCUUGGAUAGAGUGACGGAAGUCAUGGCGUUGACGGAAGACAUAGCGACUGCAUUGGAAAAUCGCGCUAUUUAUGUGAGCAAAUUUGAAGCGGUGAACGAGGAUGCGUUGCAAAUCGCUUCCAACUCUUCCAACACAGAAAACGUGAAGGACAUGAGUCUCAACAGUACCUGUCUUUGCGAGUUAAAGAACGUUUCCUCAAUUUGUAACGAUACGGAAUUACUGAACGUUGUCGCUGGUACAAAUGUCGGCGCGUUUAUCACGAAGAAAUUGGUGCUGCUGGAUGAUACCGCGUUUGUAGUAUUAGUGUCGACAGAUUUCAUCUCGAUUUACUCGUAUGUCGAUUCGGAACAGUUUGAUCAGGUAGCAGGAUUGUACGUGCCCGAUAUACUUGACGCGUCUGUGGAACCGAUCGGCCAUUCGUUGUGGAUCCUUCUGCGAUUGCCCGGAGAAACCUUGAUAUUGCGUUAUCACGCGUGGAACGAAUUCGAUCAGUACGUUUUGCCGGGCUCGGAUCCGUUCGUGAUCAGCGAGACGCCGAAUGGUCAACAUCUGCUGAUACGAACCGACGGCAUGUGGAAUCUCGGAGGGCUUUUCCGUCCCGAGCACAUCUUUAAAAUGCCUCUGCAGGGGCAAAUAGAGACCUUCGCUCUCGGUGCCGAUUACUACGUCAAAGCGACAACGGAAAACGGCACGACCGUUUUAAAAGCGCGAUACGUGGGUAACUAAGUACGCGUAAAGUAUCUCUUAGCAAUUCUUGCUGUUCGAACUCGGAAGAUUUGGUAUAUUUAUCUAUAAAUAGUUGUUUCUUUUAUAUAUAUUUAUCGUUCUUGUUUGUUCAUCGUUGUUACUUGCAGUAGUUUGAAGUAUAAAAAAAAAGGGAGAAAAACACGAAAAUUUGUAGAUAUGUUAAUUGUAUCUAUGUUGCGCGGAAAAAAUAUAUUGAACUGCAAUGCA